AUGGGCCGCGAAGACCAGAUCGAAGAGCGCGAGGUGCUCGACUCGAUUUUCCCUGAAGAAAUCACAGGUAAGUACCAGAAAAAAAAAGACAAUCACCACGAUCGCGAUUCCCUGCGCAUCAAACCCCUCAUUUUCCCCACCGGCACUAAUCCAAGAUCUAUCACCUAUUUAGACAUAUCUGACACCGCAUACCGGAUAUCGAUCGCUCUCGAUACGCCCGAAAAUGAAGUCGAAGAAACAGAACAACCGGUGCUCGUGCUGCAGAUCUCGUACCCGCCUAAAUACCCCGACGUGGCCCCGGAGCUAGACAUCUCGGCCCCUCCUAACGCGCCGAAACACCCGCGGCUAGAUAUCCAGGAGGAUCGGGACCAACUGCUCGAGACGCUGCAGCCGACGAUCGAGGAGAAUAUCGGGAUGGCGAUGGUGUUCACGCUAGUGAGCGCGCUGAAAGAGAGCGCCGAGCAGCUCAUGUCGGAGCGGGUAAACGCCGUGCAUGCGCAGAAGGAGAUGGAGGCUGCGAAGGUGGAGGAGGAGGAGAACCGCAAGUUCCAGGGCACGGCUGUCACUCGGGAAUCAUUCCUAGAGUGGCAGGCGAGGUUCAAGCAGGAGAUCGAGGAUGAUGAGAGGAGACAGAAGGAAGAGAAGGAGGCGGACGACAAGAAAUCGAAGACGAAGACGCCGGCGAAGGAAGAGAAGAAACUGACGGGUAGGGAACUAUGGGAGCAGGGAUUGGCUGGAAAGGCCGACUUUGAUGAAGAGGAGGAGAGUGCUUUGCCGCCUGUUGAGAAGAUGAAAAUAGCUGCUUAG